UUGCCUUGUAAGGUAGCUGUUUCCGAAACGAGUUGGUUUUCUCCCUCGUCUGCCGUGGCCGUGCAUGUCGAGCGCGCCCCCAGAAAUCUCUCGCCUCGCCGUUCCUCCGCCCCAGAACACACUCGUUCUCGAGCCCGUAUCGCCGACGGAAGAAAAAUAAAACACACACUAAAAAAAGGAAAACCCUCCUUCGAUGGAAACAUCAAAUUCCCAGACAGCUCAGAUCAUUGAAGUAAAUGUGGACAUGCCUGUGGAGGUGUCUGGCCUAUGCGGGAACAAGAUUUGUGGAGGUGCUGCUUGUGUUUUCUCUGAUUCUAAAACCAGUUCAAAAGAUGCCAAAGAGAGAUCUGCAUCCAUGAGGAAGCUUCUAGUUGCUGUUGUGCUCUGCAUCAUAUUUAUGAGUGUAGAAGUUGCUGGAGGCAUUAAAGCUAACAGCCUUGCAAUCUUAACUGAUGCUGCUCAUCUCCUUUCUGAUAUUGCAUCUUUUGCUAUAUCCUUGUUCUCACUCUGGGUUUCAGGAUGGGAGGCAACACCACAGCAGUCAUACGGUUUCUUUCGAAUAGAGAUGCUUGGAGCGCUGGUUUCUAUUCAGCUGAUCUGGCUUUUAUCUGGCAUACUAGUUUAUGAAGCCAUGGCAAGAAUUAUUUAUGACAAUGGAGAGGUCCAUGGCUUCCUAAUGUUUGCUGUUGCAGCCUUUGGUUUGUUGGUUAACAUUGUCAUGGCUGUUGUGCUGGGCCAUGAUCAUGGCCAUGCUGGGGACAGUCGUGGUCAUGGUGGACACAGUCACGGUCAAGGUGCAUCCGACCAUGAUCACUCUCACCAUGACGAUGACCACGACCACGACCAUUCACAUGGUGCAGAGCAUAGUCAUGGCCGUGGCAUUAGCAUCCCAACUCAUCACCAUUAUUCAAAGCAGGAAGUACUCGAGGACGAGCAUGAACCACUACAUAAGCACUCUGAGGACUCCCAGGAUCAGAAUUCUGGUUUCGAGGGAACUAGGGAGAAGAAGAAGAAGAAGAAGCAAAGGAACAUAAAUGUGCACAGUGCUUAUCUGCAUGUGCUUGGAGACUCCAUUCAAAGCAUUGGAGUGAUGAUAGGAGGGGCUAUCAUAUGGUACGAGCCUGAAUGGAAGAUCAUCGAUCUGAUAUGUACGCUCAUCUUCUCUGUUGUAGUGCUGUUGACUACGAUCAAGAUGCUAGGGAACAUCCUGGAGGUCCUCAUGGAGAGCACCCCCCGAGAGAUUGAUGCAACGAGGAUUGAGAAGGGGCUGUGCAAGAUGGAUGGUGUGGUUGCCAUCCACGAGCUGCACAUAUGGGCCAUCACCAUGGGAAAGGUCCUGUUAGCUUGCCAUGUAACAAUCACACCAGAGGCAGACGCUGAUCGCAUACUCGAUGAGGCGACAGGAUAUAUCAGGAGGGAGUGUAGCAUCAGUCAUGUCACCAUUCAGAUAGAGCGCCUGUAGAUUUGUUUUUGCUGAGAGGUAUAAACCAAGGGCGUUGGAAUGGCAAGAAAUUUAUAUACUAUUAGCAGUCUUUUAACUCAGUUGUCUACUUUCUCCUUCAAUAGCCAAAUUUCUAAUAUACAUUAUGCAAUAAACUUUAAUGAUGGUGGAGUGCACUUAUACCAACGUCAUUAGCACGUAUUGCAUAUU